AUGGCUCCUUCUGCACCUCAGGGCGAUCCUACUCCUCCUUUCGUCAAUGUUGCUCCUACUCCUGCCAAUGCUGCUCCAACUCCUUCCGAUGCUGCUCCAACUCCUUCUUCUAUUGGCACUAUGCCUGCCCCUCAGGGUGACACUUCUAUUGUUCUUGCCGACACAACACCUCCUUCUCACAAAGUCGACUCCUUCUUUGCAAGCAUCGAUGAACUUUUUGGAGACAUUGAAGGCGGCAUUGCGACGAG